AUGAUCCAUAAUAAUCCAUACCCACAUCCGGCUACUCGCUCGCUUGAUCGGUCUGGCUCAACCGUACCUGCAUGGCUUGUGUGUCUUGUAGACGAGAUUCUGCAGCCAAUCCCUGAGUGUCCAAGACGCACACCCCUGCUGCUGCACGCUCAUCACUCCCAAAACUCGCAAUGUGAUUCGACUCGUCUCAUCUCCACAAAGCUUGGUGCUCGGCUGGUGCUAAAGUUGCCCCCUCAUUCGCUACACCCCAGCUCCCUUUCCGCCUUUUCCGUUCCUUCUUUCUCUAAUCCCUAUCCGGGUGGUGACCCCUCCAAAACUAUUAUUAGAAAGGUUGGGAAGUUGCAAAUAAAGCCCCUUCUGGGAGGAAUCGGUACACAUCCAAGAGUUACCCCUCAUAUAUGUUUAUUCUCGUGCUCUGGAGAUCAAAUAUAUUGGCAUGUUAAACAGACCUUAAAUCUCCACUUCGUGAAAACGCCUACGAGUGAUCACACAUGA